AUGAUUCCCACUAAGCGCGCCGAUUUCGAGGCCAUUUUCCCCUCCUUGGUCCAGGACAUUCUGGCCCAUGCGAAGCGUUAUAAUCUUCCCGACAAUGCUCUCGAGUGGCUCGAGAAGGCUAUCAACGCCAAUGUUCCCGGUGGCAAGCUCAACCGCGGCCUCUCGGUUCCCGAUACCGGUAUCGCACUGCUCCAGCAGCCCCUGAGCGCUGAGCAAUUCGAGCACCUCAGCAUCUUGGGUUGGAUGACCGAGCUCCUCCAGGCCUUCUUCCUGGUCAGCGAUGACAUGAUGGACAGCUCUAUCACCCGUCGUGGCCAGCCAUGUUGGUACCGUAAUGAGGGUGUCGGUCUGAUUGCCAUUAACGACGCCUUCAUGUUGGAGUCCGGUAUUUACCUCAUCCUCAAGCAGCGCUUCCGAUCCCACCCUGCCUACAUCGACCUCGUUGAGCUCUUCCAUGAGACCACAUGGCAAACCGAGCUCGGUCAGCUGUGUGACCUCAUCACCGCCCCUGAGGACAAGGUUGAUCUCAACAACUUCUCCAUGGAAAAGUACAUGUUCAUUGUCACCUACAAGACUGCCUACUACAGUUUCUACCUUCCCGUGGCUCUGGCUCUGAUUUACCUGCAGCUGGCUACCGAGGAGACCCUCAAGCAAGCCCAUGACAUCCUAAUUCCUCUUGGUCAAUACUUCCAGAUCCAAGAUGACUACCUCGACAACUUCGGUGACCCAUCCGUAAUUGGAAAGAUCGGUACCGAUAUCCAGGAUAACAAGUGCUCGUGGCUCGUUAACCAGGCCAUCCAACGCUGCACCCCCGAGCAGCGUGCUCUCCUUGAUGCCUCUUACGGUCGCAAGGACGCCGCCGAGGAGGCCAAGGUCAAGGCUCUCUUCGAGGAGCUUGAUUUGGAGAACGUCUACAAGCAGUACGAGGAGAAGGUUGUUACUGAGCUGCGCGAGAAGAUCGCCGCCGUCGAUGAGACCAAGGGCCUGAAGAAGGAGGUCUUUGAGGCUUUCCUUGGCAAGAUCUACAAGCGCACCAAAUAG